CGCGGUUCAGUCGACUUCAGGUUGACGUGAAAGUGGAAGAACCAGAGGCGUCGCAGAACCCGACAAAGUCGUUUGUGAUUCAUAAUAUCGUCUGGAGGUGCACACAGCUUUUUGCCGUGAUAAUAUGUAUUAUAUGAUAUAGAUAUCUAUGUAUUAUAUGAUAUUAUUUAGAUAUAGAGCUCCAGGACUGUAACGCAAGUGUUGUACACUUCCUUGUUAUUUGGAUAUCCGUUCUGCUUUUGGUGUUAUGGCGCAUAACACGUCGGACUCUCGUCGCUGGUAUUUCUACGAGACUCGUAGUGGGGGUUAUCUCAGCCAAGGUUGAGAAUGAAUUGGGGGGAAGGAACUUUGACUCCCUCAAGAACAUGAACCACGACAUCGAGGAGAAAGGGAUUGUUGGCGGCGAAUGUCUCCCGCUUGAGCCCCGCUGAGGGACCACCGCCGGAGGCGGAGGUGCCUAAGCGCUGCCCGGCAACGAUCCCUUUCUCCUCCUUGUCGCGGUUCAGUCUACUUCACAUUGAUGUGGACGUGGAAGAACCAGGAACGUCGGAGAACCCAACGCGGUCGUUUGAGAUUCAUAAUAUCGGCUCACACAGCUUUUGGCCGUGAUAAUAUAUAUUAUAUGAUAUAGAUAUCUAUGUAGGCUAUAUGAUAAUAUUUAGAUAUAGAGCUCCAGGACUCCCGUGUGUUCUAGAAUAUUUACAGAACACGGCUAAAGGCUGUGUGCGCCUCGCCAUUGCGAUAAGACUCUAAGACUGACCUAAGCAAACUACAAACUGUACAAAACCGGGCUGCUUGCCCUUGAUAGAUCUUACAGAUCAAAUGUAGAUCAGAUGCAUUCUGAUCUCAAGUGGCCUAAAGCUCUUGAUAGGUUAUCCAUUAGGUCCUUGAUAUUUAUUAAGAAUGUAAUUUCCACUCAUGUUCCUAGAGCUCUUUUUAAUGAAAUUGUUUUUUGCUCUGAUGCUCAUUCAUACGGUACUAGAUCUGCAACAGCAGGGCUAGUUGUGCUCCCACACUGUAGGAGUAAUGCAAUGAGGAGGACAUCCUUCUAUAGGUCAAUUUCUUUGUGGAAUAUACUCCCUUCGCACAUUCGUGUUAUACCUGUGAAGAGGGAAUUCAAGAGGCAAAUUAAAUCCUAUUUUUAUUUAUGUUAAAUAUGAACUCGGGACUCUGACUUGGCUUGGCGCUCAAUGAAUUAUGUUUUGAUGAAGGUGUUUGCGCUCUGAGGCGCCCAGAUGCCCAUUUAUUUGUUUGUUUGACUGUUGCUAUGUAUUUGUAGUUUUGUCACUACUUUUACUGUAUUUGAGUGAUGAUUAAUUGUUUGUAUGUUCAGAUUUUAAUUGGACCCCAGGAAGACUUGUCUGCCGCUUCUGCGACAACUAAUGGGGAUCCAUAAUAAACAAUAUAUCCACUGUUAACAGAGCGCAUGGUACCGUGGCGGCAAGCUGCUCAGGGCCACACCCCCACCCUCCUCCUUGACCCGCCUCGCUCCUCAUUUGCAUUAUAGCUACAGACACCAAUACAGCGCAUUUGGGGGAGGCUCAAUGUGCGACUGGCUCGGAGUGGCUGUAACUCUGCACCACGGCUGAAUUUCGGGAACGUCUUUGAAUACUGUGUUAGUUGCCCACUAAUACCUAUAUUAAAGAAUACAUAAAAUAGCAUGUAAUGGGACCUUCAAAACAUAAUUCCAACCUCACUUUGUACUACAGCACUCACCACAAUUUCUGCAGGAAAUGCAUUUUCUAGUUUUACUGCGAUCCCCGCCUGCCCGGCUACCGGUUUCCACCGAGCUUGUUUUCUCUGGCAUCAAGGCCUUAACAUCAAGUUGAACCGUAUCAAAAGAAAAAAAAUAACCAUAACAACCCCGCCCGCAUGCCCAAGGCCAUCAUAGGUGGUUCUACUGGUUUCCACCCAGUGUGGUUGCUAGGACAAAGAGCGUGGUUGGUAAGACACAGAGACGGUUAGGCCUUGACAUUCCAAAAAAAAACUUUAACCAUAGCAACCUCUGAAGGGUUAGUCCCUCCUCUGAGGCUCCGGUUCCCGCGGUCAAGUGUCUACGGGUAAUAACACGAGUUUCUUGAAUAAUCGUACACAACAAACUCUGUAGGUGGAGAAGAGAAAAAAGCUACGGCCCGCCUGGUAACCCCGAGUGGCUCUACCACUACACCUACCCGCUCGGCGCCCACGGCACGCGCUACCGCAUCGCCGUCUCGCCGACCUGGACACGUUCAUCCACCUGCUGCGCGGCUACCUGGCGGGGUUCCAGAGCGGAACAAGGUGCAGGUGGAGUGGGACGCGGAGCGUCUUCAUCUGCAUGAGCAGUCAGUCUCUGGCUGAUCUGGAAACGCCACACAAGAACAACUAUCAGUAGGCUAAAAAGUUUCUCAGAGCAACAAACAUAGCCGGGAUCACCAUGCUGAUCCACGGGGCCCUGCUGUCCGCCUUCGGGAUGUUGCUUCUCCAUGUUUCUCCUCUCAGAUCCGUGAACUUGAGCCUUUACAAAAGCAAGAUCAGGUCGCCAGAGGAGGGGGCUCUACGGUUGGCGGGCUCGAAGACACGCUCCCAGGGCCGGGUGGAGGUCUACCUUCACGGGGAAUGGGGAACCGUGUGUCACAAUGCCUGGGACCUGCACGACGCACAGGUGGUGUGUCGUCAGCUGCACUUCAAAGGAGCCGUAUCUGCCACCGCUGGAGGGACGUUUGGCGAAGGAACCGGACAGAUUUGGCUUGACCAGACGAAGUGUGUUGGCACAGAGAACUCUCUUUCCAACUGUUCCUACAAUGGAUGGGGAUUAAUGGAUUGCUCACACAAGGACGAUGCUGGAGUCAUUUGUGUAGCAGGCACUAGUGCGACAGAGACCUUUGUGGACCAUAUUCUUGAACUGUCUGAGGAUCUUGGGCAACUCUUUGACAGCCAGGAGGGCUGCGACUUCCUGAUCCAGGGAUACACUUACACUGGCGAGAACCGAGACGAUGGGCUCUGGGAGGUGGUGGACACAACAGUGUGCGCACACAGGAUGAUCCUCUCACGCUUCCCUGGCUUCAAUGCCCAGACGGACGUAGACCAAAUAUCAAUUCAUCUCACCCAGACGUGCCUUCCUCAUCUACCCAGUUUGAUCAGGUACAUGUACACGCGGAAGCUGGAAGUAUCCAGGACUACCGCCGAGUGUAUCCACCAGUUGGCUUCGCACUUUGGAAUGCGGAGAUUGAUGGAGGACGCCGGGCGCCUCUUAACCAAGCUUCUCCCUGAGGACCCCUCCUUCCUCACCCAGGUCUCCUUCUACGAGCACUCGGUGGGAGCGGGCGACCGGGUGCUGCAGGAGAACUGUCUCCAGUACAUGGCGUGGAACUUCCAGAAGCUCAGCACCUCCAAGGCCUGGAGCUCUGUGUCAGCAGAGCUGCUGCAGGCCCUUCUGUCCCGCUCUGACCUGGUGGUGCCGGGCGAGACCUUCGUCCUGGCAGCGCUGGAGGACUGGGUCUCCCGGGUGAACCGGACGACCAGUGAGGAGCAGCAGGCCGCCUUGUUGGCCCGUGUGCGCUUCCCUAUGAUCCCCGCCAAGGAGCUCAUCAAGCUACGGUUCACCUCCGCCCUCUACUCCACCCAUCCGACUCUGUAUCAGGAGAAAGUCCUGAAAGGGUUCCAGGCUCACUCGCUGCCCUUCGGCCAUCUGAAGAACAGCUCCAACUUCCAGGCAGACGACCGGGAUUACAAGCCCAGGAUUUACACCGCCCCCCCGUGGAGCGUUGCGUACGACCAGAGCGUAGAAACCGUUGGGCGUCCGAUCGACAGCCCGUACGACCACUUUGGUAGGGGUUCACAUCGAGGCAAAAACACCCAGUAUUACAAGAGGCCCAGUCUGCGGACCACUGAACAUCACAGCACACCUGUCCACACCAGCGCUCUCUUCAAUGACAGAAAGGUUGACUGGCAGCUGAACCUCUUCAACGAGCAAAGCGACUGCUCCAGCCGUGGUUUGCUUUGUGAUUCGCUGCCUGCGGCCAGAAUGAGAAUGUCCACGCACAAGUACCAGGACCAGGGCCAGGGCAGCAUCCGCUACAGCAACCGGCUGCUGCUUAGCUGCCGAGGAAGAUUCAUCUUCCACAUCGUGGACUUCAAGGAUGAUUUUGCUUAUGUGCCUGCUGGUGCGAAUGUAACAUACCCCUGCCCCAAUGAAGGGUAUAUCUACCACUUUGUGGUGAGGCCCGAAUACAUCUGAGAUGACUGCCCCUCGUGGCGUUGGAGAUGUUGGUGGUUGGGGGUGGUGGUAGAG